AUGUGGGCGUGGGGGAACAGGCGGAUCAUCGCCGCGCAAGCGCCCCCGCUACGACACUCCAGCCGGCCCAUCGUCGAGAUGUGGCGCUCGUACCAGGCGCGUGAACGCGGCGGGCUUUCCCGCAACGACGGCCGGGGCGCAUGGGCUCGCUUCUUUGAGCUCGGCGAUGCUCUUUGGCCACACACCAAGAGGUGCCAUGAGGCGGAGGAGGAGGUCCUUGCCGCCCAACGCGUGGUGGCGGCCGGAGAAGAAGGCGUCAACAAGAGUCUCGCCAUCACCAAGGAAGAGCAGGCCUAUGCCAUUGCUCCCGGAGCACCUCAAUUUCAUUCGCAAAUCACAAGCUCUCCUCCUUCUCUCACCCGCUACUGUGAAGUCUGUACUGUACCUAGGAGUAUAAUAGAACAGCUACACGGUGAGAUGGAUGAGCACGAGCCCAGCCUUGAGCUCACCCUCCGCAUGAGCUCGGCAGCUGAGGCGGAGCAGGGCGGCUUCUUCCUCUGCGUCUACUGCGACCGCAAGUUCCGCAGCUCGCAGGCGCUCGGCGGCCACCAGAACGCGCACAAGCACGAGCGCAGCCUCGCCCACCGCCGGCGGGAGAUGGCCGCCGCCACGGGUGCACACGGGGCGGCCGGAACACGCGCGCCUGCGGCGCAGGACGAGAGGCCCAGGUAUGUUUCCGCCGGCGAUUUCGUCGAGCCUUCCGCUGGGAAGGCGGGGAGGACGGAGGCAAGGGCGUGGAAGGUUGCUGCUGCUCCCGAGUACGGCUACCGCGCCGAUGAUGUGGACCUGUCGCUCAGGCUAUGAUUGAUCUCUUCUUCUAUCUACUUGAGUUUCUCUCA